UGGAGGCUCUUUCAAUGGACGUGUCCCCGCGGGCUUCUUAGACGGACUGCGGUCUCCUAAAGGUCGACCAUGGUGGCCGGGACCCGCUGUCUUCUAGCGUUGCUGCUUCCCCAGGUCCUCCUGGGCGGCGCGGCCGGCCUCAUCCCCGAGCUGGGCCGCAGGAAGUUCGCGGCGUCAUCGGGCCGCCCCUCGCCCCAGCCCUCGGACGACAUCCUGAGCGAGUUCGAGUUGCGGUUGCUCAGCAUGUUCGGUCUGAAGCAGAGACCCACCCCUAGCAGGGACGCCGUGGUGCCCCCCUACAUGCUGGACUUGUACCGCCGGCACUCCGGCCAGCCUGGCGCGCCCGCCCCGGACCACCGGCUGGAGAGGGCAGCCAGCCGCGCCAACACGGUGCGCAGCUUCCACCACGAAGAAUCGUUGGAAGAACUGCCAGAAACAAGUGGGAAAACCACCCGGCGAUUCUUCUUUAAUUUAACUUCCAUUCCCCCGGAGGAGUUUAUCACCUCUGCAGAACUUCAGGUUUUUCGAGAACAGAUGCAGGAAGCUUUGGGAGACGAUAGCGGUUUCCAUCAUAGAAUUAAUAUUUAUGAAAUUAUAAAGCCUGCAACAGCCAACUCGAAAUUCCCCGCCACCAGACUGCUGGACACCAGGUUGGUGAAUCAGAACACGAGCCGGUGGGAGAGCUUCGACGUCACCCCUGCCGUGAUGCGGUGGACUGCACAGGGACACGCCAACCAUGGGUUUGUGGUGGAAGUGACCCACUUGGAGGAGAAGCAAGGUGUCUCCAAGAGACACGUGAGGAUUAGCAGGUCUUUGCACCCAGAUGAACACAGCUGGUCACAAAUCAGGCCUUUGCUCGUAACUUUUGGUCACGAUGGGAAGGGGCACCCCCUGCACAGAAGAGAAAAGCGUCAAGCGAAACACAAACAGCGGAAACGCCUCAAAUCCAGCUGUAAGAGACACCCUUUGUACGUGGACUUCAGCGACGUGGGGUGGAACGACUGGAUUGUGGCCCCUCCGGGGUAUCACGCCUUUUACUGCCAUGGGGAGUGCCCCUUUCCCCUGGCUGAUCACCUGAACUCCACUAACCAUGCCAUCGUGCAGACUUUGGUCAACUCCGUGAACUCUAAGAUUCCGAAGGCAUGCUGUGUCCCAACAGAACUCAGUGCUAUCUCCAUGCUGUACCUUGAUGAGAAUGAAAAGGUUGUAUUAAAGAACUAUCAGGACAUGGUUGUGGAGGGUUGUGGGUGUCGUUAGCACAGCAAAAUUUAAAUAAAUAAAUAUAUAUAUAUUUUAGAAAAAAGCAAAAACAAACCAAAAAAAACACAAAAAGGAUAAAAAAAAUACCAGUUGACACUUUAAUAUUUCCCAAUGAAGACUUUAUUUAUGGAAUGGAAUGAAAAAAAAACAGCUAUUUUGAAAAUAUAUUUAUAUCUACAAAAAGAAGUUGGGAAAACAAAUAUUUUAAUCAGAGAAUUAUUCCUUAAAGAUUUAAAAUGUAUUUAGUUGUACAUUUUAUAUGGGUUCAACCCCAGCACAUGAAGUAUAAUGGUCAGAUUUAUUUUGUAUUUAUUUACUAUUAUAACCACUUUUUAGGAAAAAUAGCUAAUUUGUAUUUAUAUGUAAUCAAAAGAAAUAUCGGGUUUGUACAUAAUUUUCCACAAUUGUAGUUGUUUUCAGUUGUGUGUAUUUAAGAUGAAAAAUCUACAUGGAAGGUUAGUUUGGCAAAGUGCUUAGCACAUUUGCUUUUUUUGCAGCGCUACUGUUAAGUUCACAAGUUCAAGUCCAGAAAAAAAAAGUGGAUAAUCCACUCUGCUGACUUUCAAGAUUAUUAUAUUAUUCAAUUCUCAGGAAUGUUGCAGAGUGGUUGUCCAAUCCAUGAGAACUUUCGUCCUUAUUAGGUGGAAUAUUUGGAUAAGAAUCAGACAUUAAUGAUCUAAUAUGGAAGCCCUCCCCCCACCACCACCCCUUAAUUUGCAGAAACAGUAAAGCAGGACCAAUAGAAAUAAUUUGGAAAAUGAUGAACCUGCAGGAAAGUGAAUGAUGAUUUGUUGUUCUUCUUUCCUAAACCAGGGAUCCCUUCAAAGGGACUGAUCUGGCCAAAGUAUUCAAUAAAACACGAUUUCUUCA